AUGAACGGCAUGACUGAUCAGGCGGGCGAGGAGAGACGGUCAUUCAUCCAGGAUCUACUUCAGGAACAUUUCCGACGGAAGGCAACCGCUAUCAGCCGCCUUGGCCGAGACUCCAACAACUUUGUUUACUAUGUCAAAUUAUCAUCAGAGAGGAUUGAUAGCGUGUCGGAAUUGCUACCGCUGCCGACCCGAUCGCCGGGCACGAUUGCUCUACCCGCAGACGUGACGGAGGUCGUCGUCCGGAUUUCCAAUCCCGAAGCCAUGGUUAAUGAGGAGGUCCGAGUGCAGAAUGAGGUUGCCGCCAUGAGCCUGGCGAGGCAAGCUCUGGCCGGGUACGACCAGAGUCUCGUCCCCCUCGUGUACGCCUGGAGCCCCUCCUCCGGAGGCCGUGGAUGGCUCGUGCAGGAAUACAAGCGAGGUCUGCAGCUUGACAAGGCAUUCGGCGAGCUUGACCGUGAGAAACAGCAGGAUCUCAUCGGCCAGAUUGCUCAGGUCUACAAACGAAUCCAGAGCUACCCGCUCCCAGACUCGGUCCAGGGGUACGGCGGGCUUGGGUUCAGCCCAACGACGGGAGACAUCAUCACCGGACCUACGACGAUCCCGUGCGGUGGACCCUUCGCUUGCCUUGAUGAAAUGUACUCUCAGAUGCUUCGCAGGCAGCUCGACGAGUCGGACACCUCCACGCUUCUCCAAGGGUGGCGCGCCGACGGGCUGCGAGACCGGCUGGAGCGCUUCGCCUCGGACGGGAUUAUGGGGCUGGUGAGGGCCAAUUCCCUCUCAUGCCGGACCCUCAUCCACGGAGAUUUCAACUUGUUCAACAUUUUAUAUGAUGCACCCUCGAACCAGCUUACGGCACUACUCGACUAUGAUUUCAGUCACAUUGCCUCACCGGCUGAAGAGUAUUUCUACUCAUUCCGUACAAUCGGCGCUCUACUGACCGGUCCUUUUGAGGAGGGUGACGAGGGCCGGCUCCGCAAGUGUCUGCUCGAGGGCUUCGAAGGCAACACUGGGACGGAGAUGCACGGCCGGGGAAGAGUAAAUUGGGAGGUCGCCCUCAUGACGGACUACGAGUUCUAUCGUGCGGGGGUACUCAGGCCUGCCGAUAUUCCGGGCUGUGGGGAGCUUGCCAGCCUGAAAUGGUUCCUCGAAGAUGUAUCCCCGCCUUACUUCUAUAUGUCUCGCUGGCUGGCCGGUAGGACACCGGAGAUAUUGGGCGGAAUGAGAGAAGAAAUACGAAGUAACCUCGAUAAGUACUUGCUGAGAUGGGGCUUCUGA